AUGCUCGCACUACUGCUCUUGCACAAUAACGCACGUUAUAUUAUCAAUGUCACUUCAAACCUUCCGAACACAUUCGAGGACAAUCCGGCGUACCAUUACUUGAGAAUAUCCGUUGAUGAUAAUAGCUCCCAUAAUCUUUCGCAAUACUUCCCUGAAGCGAUUGCCUUCAUCGAUGCAGCUGCACGUGCCGGUGACGCAUGCCUGGUGCACUGCCUAGCAGGAAUUUCGCGCAGUGUCACAAUUUGUCUCGCUUAUUUAAUGGCGAAGAACAAAUGGAGCUUGGAAGACGCAUACGACCUGGUAUUACGCAGAAAUGCGAGCAUUGCUCCAAAUUUUCAUUUCAUGGGGCAACUUACUGAAUACGAACGGCAUCUGGGUGUACGAGGCGCUAGUGUAGGGACAGCAAGCACAGUGAAAUUAUUCGGUGAUUAG